AUGCAGCGCGUCUCUUCCCUGCUCCCCUCGUGGGACAGGAGGGCUUCCAGCUCUAGUGCCACCACAUCAUCGACUACAGGCGGAGGCGGCGGCUUCUUCGCAUGGUCCAAGAGGGCCAGCAGCGCCAGCAUCCUCACCAAAUCGUACCCCGACACCAACUCCCUCAAGUCCAAUAGGAAUAGCACAAGAUCCCUUCAGGGCCCCAUCCAGACUCGCAUCCAUCGCGAAGCCUUCUGGCCCGCAACUCUCGACCUCGAGUGCGACAAGGCUGCUCGCAUCAUCAAAUCCUUCUGUGGUAAGACCCCUUCUCCUCCUCCUCCUCCUCUCUCCCUCGAUCGAUCGACUGUGCAGAGUGCGCAUCGUGCUGACUUUCCUCCUUCUUUUUUUCGCUUCUGGCCCCUCCCAACAGCCGAUGGUUUCCUAGCACCCAUCGAUGACGAUGAGCCGACGACGAGCAUACCUGACGACGAAGCCGACGUCGACGACGCCGAUAUCCAACAGCAGAAACCCCCCAAGACGCCGGUCAAGAUCUCGAAAAAGAUACCCAAGCGCAUCAUCCAAAACGCCGCCGGAAUCGCCGUCUUCACCUGCAUGAGGAGUGGGCUGUGGAUGACGGGCUCCGGCGGCUCCGGCAUCCUCAUCGCCCGCAAAUCGGACGGCACCUGGUCGCCACCCUCGGGCAUCAUGCUGCACACCCCGACCCUCAGCUUCAUCAUGGGCGUCGACGUCUACGACUGCGUCCUCGUCAUAAGCAGCCUAUCGGCCCUCGAGUCCAUCACCCGCUCUACCGUCACCCUGGGCGAGGACGUCGGCCUCAUGGCCGGUCCGCUGGCCGCCCUCGACGCUAGCCGGGCCGGCCUCGUCGACGACGACUUCAGCUUCCGCGACCUCGACAACACCGUCCUCACCUACAUGAAGUCGAGGGGCCACGCCCAGAGCGUGAACAUGCACGGGUGCAUCCUGACGGAGCGGGCCAACGAGAACGAGCGCUUCUACGAAGCGCCCGUCUCCCAGAUGGACAUACUGUCCGGAAACGUCGCCCGCGACGUCGAGGAGACCAGACCGCUUGCCGAGGUCAUCAAGCUGGCCGAGGGCAGGUCCGAUUUCGACCCGACGGCCGUCGCCAAGAUCGCCAUCGAACCCGCGCCCGGAGACGCGAACAUCGCCUCGCCCGUCUCCGCGCCUCAGAGCCCGCGGGGCCCCUUUGGCUACCCCCAGGUCGACGACCCCGACCCCUUCGGCAUCCUGGCCCUCGAGAUGGCCGGCAUGGAGAUCCGCGAGGCCGGAACCACCUACCGCCCCGUGAGCAGCCAGCUCGACUUCCAGCCCGCCAACGGCAACCGCCCCCUCAGCUCCACCACCGCCCUCUCCAGGCGCCACUACAGCGCCAACCGCCAGAGCGGCGACACCUUCCUCUCCCGCAGCAACCGCGAGAGCUACAUGUCCACCCGCACCGUCAAGAGUCAGAUGACCGACGCCCACACCCAGACCGACACGGGCGCCUCGACAGACACCCCCGGCACCAGCCCCGGUCCCGGAGAGAGCGAGGACGGCCACGCCUUCCAGGUCACCUCGCCCGGCCUCGUCGCCGACAUCAAGGAGCGCGACGAGGACGACGACGUCUCCUCCGCCGACGAGGUCGACUACACAACCGUCGACACCACCCCGAUCAAGCACCUCAGCCAGCCGCCCCGCGACAGCAGCGCCGAGAACCUCGCCUCACGAGCCGCCGCCGUGGAGGGUGGCAAGGACGAUGACAGCAAGCUUCCCCUCCCCACCGACGCCGACCAAAUCUCCAAAGCCUCGAGCAACUACGACGGCGACGGCAGCGACGGUUCAGGGAACGAGGAAGAGGAGGAGGAGGAGGAGGAGGAGCCCGUCGUCUUCGAGGUGGCCGAGGUCCAGCCCGCACGCACCCAGGCCGUGGCAUCACGCAUGAUCCAGGCGAGGGGUAACGUCGUGACCAUCCCCAAGCGCAUCCCCCCGCCCCUCCCGACGAGGAACCCGGCCCGCGGAUCCGUCGCCAGCCGCAGCGAGCUCAGCAGCGGAGGUGACGGCUCCAGCCUGCGCGGCCCCUACUCACCUCUGUACCAGGAGUUCCUCGCCUCGGAUCUGAGCGGAAACGAGGACGUCGUCGCGGACGGUGCUGAGAAGGGAAAGCCGGCGACGACGACGACGAGGCAGAGCGCUGCUGCUGCCGACGGCUUCGUAAGCCCCGAGGAGCCCCGCUCCCCCGCCGAGCCCACGACGCCCUUGCCCCCUGCGGGCCAGAGCCUCGACGACGAUGACCAGCAGGACACCCCUCUCGUCCUGGACAUACGACGGGUCACUACGGAUGCUGCCGCCGCGGAUGAAGUCAGCCCCGAGACGCCGCUGGCCAAGGUUGCCGAGGCCAAGCAUGCUGCUUCCGCUGCCGACAAGGCCGAGCAGAAGCAGGAGGAUGCUGAUGCCGGGGUUGGCGCCGCCGACGUCGACGUCAAGACGGAAGGCAAGGACUCCGACCUCCCGACGGCGGACGGCAGCUCCACCGCCGACGACGUCGCCGCCUCCAUCCCCGGCGGGUUCGUCGUCACCCCCGCCGACGACGAGGAUGGCAAGCAGGGGGACGACAGCCGCGUGUCCAUCGACACUGGCGCCACCGGCGCGACGGGUAACCGGUCCAGCCUCGACGAGUCGGCCGCCUACACGACCCCCUCUACCUCGGAGCACCACUUCCCCAGCGGCAGUGAGGAGGGGGAUGACAAGGUCAAGACUGGUGCUGCCGAGGACGACAAGUCGACUGCUACGCCUGUGGCUGCCUGA